AAAAUAAGUCUCACACGUGAGAACGACUGACGUCGGCACGCUUCAGCCACGUCAUUUUCCUUCUCCAAAUAAAAAUAAAAAUAAAAAAACAAUAACAAAAGAAAAUAACAAACCAUAAAUAUAAGGAGGAGGAGGAUAAUAAAAAGGAGUCGAAGAGAUAAGCGCUGAGAGAGAGAUUCAAAAUCCGAUUCCAGAUCCGUUUCUGGGCAACCCCUUAACAAAAGGGUUGGUGUGCUUCUCCUUAACCUCUCUCGAUUGAUUCCUUCAAUUCGUUAAAAGCAAACUGUGAGUGAGAUUCGUCGUCUUUCUCUCUCUCCCUGUUGUUCGAAGGGUUUUUGUGUUCGGCGUCAAUGGCGCAAGAGACGGAGAAAAAGUACAUUACGAGCGAAGAUUUGAAAAAACACAACAAACCUGGGGAUCUCUGGAUCGCGAUUCAAGGCAAGGUCUACAACGUUUCCGAUUGGAUUAAAUCUCAUCCCGGAGGCGACACCGUCAUCCUCAAUCUCGUUGGCCAAGAUGUCACCGACGCCUUCAUCGCAUUCCAUCCCGGUACCGCUUGGCACCACCUCGACCAUCUCUUCACCGGUUUCCACAUCAGAGAUUUCGAGGUCUCCGAAGUCUCCCGCGAUUACCGUCGUAUGGCCGCCGAGUUUCGCAAACUCGGUCUCUUCGAUAACAAGGGCCACGUUACGCUCUACACUUUGGCCUUCAUCGCCGCCAUGUUCGCCGGGGUUCUCUACGGCGUUUUGGCUUGUAACUCCGUCUUUGCUCACCAAAUCGCCGCCGCGCUUCUCGGACUCCUCUGGAUCCAGAGCGCUUACAUAGGCCACGAUUCCGGCCAUUACGUGAUCAUGUCGAACAAGUCUUACAACAGAUUCGCUCAGCUUCUCUCCGGUAACUGUCUCACCGGAAUCUCAAUCGCCUGGUGGAAAUGGACUCACAAUGCUCAUCAUCUCGCCUGCAACAGCCUCGACUACGAUCCAGAUCUACAGCACAUCCCUGUCUUCGCCGUCUCUACCAAAUUUUUCACCUCAUUGACCUCACGCUUCUACGAUCGGAAACUCACGUUUGAUCCCGUCGCCAGAUUCUUGGUCAGCUACCAACACUUCACUUAUUAUCCGGUCAUGUGCUUCGGAAGAAUCAAUCUCUUCAUCCAGACGUUUCUCCUGCUCUUCUCCCGACGUGACGUCCCCGAUCGUGCUUUAAACUUCGCCGGGAUCUUAGUCUUCUGGACUUGGUUCCCACUCUUGGUCUCAUGUCUACCAAGCUGGCCUGAGAGAUUCUUCUUCGUCUUCACUAGCUUCACCGUCACGGCGCUACAGCACAUUCAGUUCACUCUUAACCAUUUCGCAGCAGAUGUCUACGUCGGUCCACCCACCGGUAGCGACUGGUUCGAGAAGCAAGCGGCGGGAACGAUCGACAUCUCGUGUCGAUCGUACAUGGAUUGGUUCUUCGGUGGAUUACAGUUCCAGCUAGAGCAUCAUUUGUUCCCUCGCUUGCCUCGUUGCCAUCUCCGGAAAGUUUCGCCGGUGGUUCAAGAGCUUUGCAAGAAGCAUAAUCUCCCGUAUAGGAGUCUGUCGUGGUUUGAUGCGAAUGUGCUGACCAUUAAUACAUUGAAGAAAGCAGCUUAUCAAGCCAGAGACGCUGCUAAUCCAGUGGUUAAGAACUUGGUUUGGGAAGCUUUGAAUACCCAUGGCUAAUUCAAGCUUCUCUGCUUGAUUGAUUCAUUUCAUGUCUUCUUCAUUUUUAUUAUUAUGCUUUCUUUGAAUCUUUGAAUUUGGUUAUCUUACUAUGGGAAGAGAUGUUUUUCUAGGAUUGAGAAAUUGAAUCGAGAAUCGAGAAUUGUUUUACUUUCGUAUCGUAAUGAUUUUAUUACUAUUAUUUUUGAAUUUACUU